CGCCAAACUACUGCUCUAUACUCCAGUCUGAUAGGUGGCAGUAAUGCACCUUAAACACGUUUGCUAACUGCCAUUGAAAUAAUGAUAAUAAUAAUAUAAGAAGAAGAAGAAGAAGAAGAAACACUCGUGAUCAAUGAGGAAGUAGCCGUGGAAAGAACCCAGCAGCUGUUGGCUGUAUCCAUCCUUUUGCAGAAAUGUGUGAUCUUGGCUUGGCAAAGAGAUGGCUACCUGCUCAACUGCUGCUCCUGUGGAUGCUGACCAACAUAUCUGAAUCGCAAGUGUAUUUGUCUGUUCCUGAUGCCGUCACACUGGAGGAAUUUUAUAAAGCCAAUGUCACCAUUACUUCAAGUUCCCCUCUCAACCAGUCCACUGUGAUUCAGUUAAAUGUUACCUACAGCUCCAAGCAGAACUACUCAUCUGUGAUCACGCUGCCUGAGCAGGUGUUGCUGCCAGUGGGUGAAACCGCAGUCACAUUCAAUGUGACAUCCCAUGCUGUUGGCCAGGUGACCACAUACCUGCUGAGCAACGACACAUACCUCAACAGUUUGUCCCUCAGGAUUCGCUUUAUGGUCGUCCACAGCAGCGUCCUGUCAGUAAUCAACCAGGUGAUUGGCUGGAUUUACUUUGUGGCCUGGUCCGUGUCCUUCUAUCCACAGGCCUGGGAAAACUGGAGAAGGAAAAGUGUUGUAGGUCUCAACUUUGACUUCCUGGCUCUCAACCUGACGGGCUUCAUUGCUUACAGUAUCUUCAAUAUCGGGCUUUUCUGGGUUCCCUAUAUAAAGGAGGAAUAUCUAAAGAGGAACCCUGAUGGAAUCGACCCUGUAAACGCUAAUGAUGUCUUCUUCAGUCUCCAUGCAGUCCUGCUCUGUUUGGUCUACAUCAGCCAGGCUGCUGUGUAUGAGAGGGGGGGUCAAAAGGUCUCCUGGAUGGCCUUGUUCUUGUUGCUGAUUGGCUGGACAUUUGCCCUGGUUGUCUUAUUUGUUGCUGUCGCCAAACAGAUCACCUGGUUGGAUUACCUCUACUAUAUCUCCUACAUUAAAUUAGCCGUCACUCUCAUCAAAUAUGUGCCGCAGGCAUACAUGAACUACAGAAGACAGAGUACUGAUGGGUGGAGUAUCGGCAACGUGCUGCUCGACUUCACUGGUGGAACGCUUAGUAUUCUACAGAUGAUCUUACAGUCUUACAAUAACGACGAGUGGAAGCUGGUAUUUGGGGACCCUACAAAGUUUGGUCUGGGGCUGUUCUCUGUGGUGUUUGACAUCCUCUUCAUGACUCAACACUAUUGCCUGUACAGACAGCCACCACAGUACGAAGCUGUUUCAGAACAAGAUGAAUGAUGUUAAUCAGCGCUGUGUGUAAGAAACACAAUAACAAGGGAGCACAUGACCGAUAUCUGUUAGCCAACAGAUGACGCAAGCUGCAAAAAAAGAGGUCGUGGUGGAUGUUACCUGACCUCCAUCACAUGUUGUGGAGUUCCCCAGAGACAAUUACACACGAUGUGCCUGGAUCUGCACUUGUCUUUUUUUUUUUACCACUGUCUGAAAAUUCGGGUUGAUAGAAGGAAUAGGAAAACUGAUGUAACACUUUUUAUUAAAUGCAAUAUCACAGCAAGA